UCAAACCCCAACAUAGAGUUAUAGUAGAGGGUGAACUACGAUGAUGGAUUUUGACGAGCGGGUCCCCGUCGGAUCGAACAUGUAUUUGCCCAGUUGCACUUAUUACGUGUCGGCGGGGGCUGAUUUCUCCGGUCUUCCCUCGUUUUUAUCCCAAACCCCGUCCACCCGCCCCAUGACAUACUCCUACUCCUCUAACCUGCCGCAGGUCCAACCCGUCAGAGAGGUGACGUUCAGGGACUAUGCAGCCAUUGACGCCUCCGGUAAAUGGCCGCACCGGGGGAACUUGCCUCAGUGCUACCCCAGCGCGGAGGACAUGGUGCACCGGGACUGUCUGUCGGCGCAAACCGCCGUCGUAGGGGACAUGUUCGGUAAAAACAGCCCUGCGGCCGCCGCCGCCGCCGCGUACCACCACCACCACCACCACCAUACAAGCGCCGGGUCCGCUGCCUCUAAUUUCUACGGGAACGUGGGCAGAAAUGGCGUGCUGCCACAAGCCUUCGAUCAGUUUUACGAGACGGCGUACGGGAACGCGUCGGAGAGCUCCUCCACAAAUGGCUACUCAGGGGACAAAACAGCGACCAAGCAGCCCAGCUCUGCGCCGGAGGACGCACUGUCGUGCCGGGACACCGAAGCAAAAGAUCCCCGGGAUGAGACAAGCAGCCCGGAGUUGUCUUCCGGCAACAAUGAGGAGAAAUCCAGCAGCAGCAACGGACAGAGGACCCGCAAGAAAAGGUGCCCUUAUUCCAAAUAUCAGAUCAGAGAACUUGAAAGAGAAUUCUUUUUCAGUGUGUACAUUAACAAGGAGAAACGCCUGCAACUGUCUCGGAUGCUCAACCUCACCGACCGACAAGUGAAGAUCUGGUUUCAGAAUCGCCGCAUGAAGGAGAAGAAACUGAACAGAGAUCGAUUACAGUAUUAUACGUCCAAUCCUCUGCUUUAGGAGUCAGAACAGUAUGGCCACAGCUCAGAUAGUCCUCUGCUGUUGGACUGACCGCGUUUACAGACUGACUCUCCGGCUGUGACUCUCCCAGUGUACAUUGUGUACCACAAUGGCCGCGACAGCAAGCAGCAACACUGCUCAAUGGUUAAUUUCAAGUUCGAGGACAACAGUAUCCUGUGAUCUGAAAAACCUAAAGAGUGAGCAUGAAUUAAGACAGUCUGUGGACUUUGAUUUCGCUCUUCAGACUCUGUUUUGGAGAAAAAAAAGUAAAAUCGGAUUUUUUAAAAAAUUUGUCCUCGCCAAGACAGUUUGCGUGCGAAGGCCCAUUUUAAUGUUGUUGUGACUCAAAGGCGCCUCGUUUAUUUUCUUUUCACGCAGGCAAAAAAGAAGAAAAAAACACACACAAAAAAAAACUAGCAGUCGCUAAUUGACUGACCCAGUGUAUUUUGUAAUCAAAAGAUUUAUUUUACCUUUUUUCUGUUUAUCAAAUCAGAAAAGUGGUGGAUUUAGGAUCAUGGCGAACAUGUGACUUUAAUAGCUGAAUCUAUAUUGGUGUGACCAAAUAUUGAGUCCAAACGGAUGAGAAUGUAAUGUGUUUCUGUUUUGUCUGCUUAUUUAUUUUGUAGCCACUCGUUUACCUAUCUCCUUUAAUGCCACGGCUAACCAAGUCAAAGUCCAUUACUACAGACUACAGGCUUUUGGGAUUCGUGUUGCGCCCGGGCUGACCUCAAAACAAGCUUUUGUCGUCUUUCCUGUAACCUGCAGAAUGAGGGCUGAGUAUUUAUAUAUUGAGUAUCUUUCAAUACGCAAACCCGUGUUGUCCUUUUGAUUUUUUUUUUUUUUUUUUGGAUUUUUUUUUUUGGAGACUAUCAGUGGAGUAGUGACAAUGCAGGCCAAACCAGAGAGAUAAGCUUGUCCACUGGAUCCAUGUGGAGUUGCACUGAGGUUCACGCCCAACAUAUUCACACAGGUAUAUAUGCAGCGGGGCCUCCUCGGUCUAAUAUUGAUGAGCGUAACAGAAUAUUUUUUUCAUGACUCGUGAUCCUUUGGUACUUGCGGUCUAAAGAAGAUUAAAAAAAAAAACA